AUUUGCCACGUGUGCACUUUUACCAUACAAGAAAAUCCAGAUCGACUGCAGGUUAUGGUACUGUAUGUGAUUUAAAAAUUAUUAAUUUAGAAUGUGGGGAAUCAAACUGGUCUGGUUGUUCCCAGCAACUAUAAACUUCCGUCUACCCAUGGAAUGCCGGCCUCUCACCUCAUUUAAUUUAACAAUGGGAAAAAUGCGAAUGACGUCAGGCGCUUUUCCGCACAGAGUUGACUUUUUCCACCUUCUAAAAAAACCCCCAAACAAACAAAAAACUUUUUCCAACUUCUUCAGUCCAGGUUAACUUGUUUGUAUUUGGCGCCAUCUGGCGGGGAGAACUUAAUGUGGGUGGAGCGACACCGCCCAAACAUGUCGUCCCGCCCCAUCGUUUAAACUGCACUCCAGAGGGACUCCGACCCGCGGAUGACAUCAAAGUACCGCGAGAGCAUUUUCGAUAGCAGUCAUCUCUGCAAGAUUUCUCAAAUCGCUCUCGCGGGAUUUUGGUGUCAUAUUUCUCUUUCUCUCGGUUCUUGUGGCGCCACAUGAAGUCGAACAAGCCUGUUGUACUGGUUAGAUCAGCGUAGGAUAAAAAACGGGACGCGGGAGGUCCCACACGGGACAAAUCAAUUAAGCCCCAAAAUACGGGACGUUCCGGUUAAUACGGGACAGUUGGCAACCCUAAAUUUCUGAGAGUGGGUCAAGGCAAAACACGAGCAAAACGUUGCCAAGAAGACGGGGGUUGGGAGCUUCUAAACAAACGCCGAGAUGGACUUCGCCUUUUAUGGUACUUAACAUUCCUGUUUUGUAACUUUCUGUUUUAGGGAGAUAAGUAAGUUUCAUUUUAAUAUUUUGUUUUAAUAUGCCCAAACUUUGGCGACGUCUUUUAACGUACCUGGCUGCGGUUGGAUUAAGUACAGUUUUUAUCAUCCUGGCUUUAAAAAGCACAGUAUAUUCGACGUCAUUUCUACAGACCAGGACUCCUAUAUCUAAAGAGCUAUAUGAUGUGAUCUCACCAUCAUCCUACAGAUAUCUUCUUAACCAACCGGAGAUAUGCGAAAAGAAAAGACCUUACCUGAUACUUAUUAUCCCAGUGACUCUUAAAGAUACAGAGGCAAGGACUGCCAUUAGAAAUACAUGGGGUCAUGAGAGCUUGAUGUCGCGUGUGAAUAUUUUGAAGUUAUUUUUCCUCGGCCAGCCCCCACAAAGCAACUCAAUACUUCAGCAGCAUCUGGAAAAGGAGAGCCAGGAAUAUGGAGACAUAGUGCAAAUGGAUUUUGUGGACACCUACAAGAAUCUCACAAUCAAGACAAUGAUGAUCAUGAACUGGAUAGCCACAUACUGCCGAUGUGCCCGGUAUGGCAUGAAAAGCGAUGCAGAUAGUUUUCUCAACGUGCCUUACCUUGUAAACUACCUGCAUGCUCAGGGAGAGUCCUCAGGAGAAAAUUACAUCACAGGAUCAGUCAUCAGGGAUGGGCAUCCCAAAAGGGACAGCCUUAACAAAUGGUUCCUCUCAGUGGAUCUUUACCCAGAAACUUCAUAUCCUCCUUAUGUGUCAGGAGCUGCAUAUGUAUUUUCUACUGACCUUGCCCAAAAAAUAUCAUUGGCUUCUAGGUUUGUGCGGCCGAUUCCACUUGAAGAUGUCUAUGUGGGGUUGUGCCUACGGGUACUAGGUGUAAAUCCAGUAUAUUCAACACGCUUUCUCAGACUCAGGAAUCUUUUUGAAGUGCGUAAACUGAAGUAUCACAGAUGCACUUUUGCCAAGCGCAUUACAGUGAAUGGCUUUAAACCACAACAGCUACUUUACAUUUGGCAUGACUUUCAGAAAGCUAAUUUUACAUGUUAAUACCGAUUGCAUGCAGUUGGAUACAGCUCUAUUUAUUUAAACUUUAAUAAAUUAACAUCGUAUAAGAAGUGCCUGGGCCAUUUAUUCUUGGCCAUUUUAUUUGCAUCUGUUUUUAUUACGGUUCAUUUGAAUCUUUUUGUCAAGGGAAUUCGGCACUCAGGUGCACAGCAUAUAGGCAACAGCAAAGCAUUAGUAACUAAGAAACAGUUCAAAAUAUAUAAGAUAAAAAUAAUAAAAUAGAUAAAAAACUGAAAUAAUAAAUAAAAAGUGUCAGUAUGAAAAAUUUCACAACAACACUGUGCAAAACAGUAUGUACUGUAGCACCUUGAAAGGUGUGGUGGGUCAGGGCAGAGUGGUUUUUCAUGUCAAAAAGGCUGUGUAAACAGUUUGCAACCAUACAAAGCAUAGUGUGCAUACCAUAGGGGUGAGCGGGAAACAAACCAACGGCCGGUUAUUUGUAACAUGGCAACUUUACAUAUUUAUACAGGGCCGAGCAAUCUGUGCUUUUGGUCUAUUUCUCUUACUGUGAGAAGAUGAUCUCCUGUGAAUUUGUGAAAAGUUUUGAUGUGUUUUCAUUAAGAUAUUGAACAAACAGUGUUUUGGAGGCAUGGAAGUACCUUUCUACAUCUUAUGUUUUUUUUUUUCGAUUUCUGAGUUGGGUGUGUAAGUCCAAAUCCAACCUUAUAUUAUUUUAUAAACAUAACACCAUUUUGAAACUCUAGUAACUGAUAGCUGGGAAUGAAAAUUUUUUAUACCGCGGGGUUAGUUGUCACACAGUGUUACAAUUGAGCCUCAGGUAUACAAUGAUAAUAAAAUGAAAACAAUGUAAAUUCUAUUAAUCAAAAUGAUAACUGUUAAUAAAAUAUCAGGGGAAAUAACUAACAAUUAUGAUUUUUUUGUCUUAAAUGUGCAGCCCUUUCAAAAAAUCUAUUUAUUUGCAUUGAUGCAUGAUUACAAGGAUGGUUAGAUGAAGGAUCAUGGAUGGAUGAAUGUGUGGAUAUCUAUCUAUUAUAGGCAGAUAUAUAAACAAUUUCCACCUUUAGUAUAUAGACAGAAUUUUAUUGAAUUAUUUGUGUUUAAAACAUAUUUCUAACUGGUGUUAUAACAAACCAUUUGUUUGUUACAAUUAACCCAACUUAUGAAGUAAAUAGUUGUAGUGUUUGCACUCCUGUCACUAUCAUUGUAAUUGUAUGAUAACGGUAGGUCCCACAAACAAACUUUUAAGUGUUCACUUGUAGCAAAUAUGUGGGUGUUGAUUGUGUAAAAAAAGUAUUAGUCUACCUCAAAUAUUUUUUGAAUGAUAGAGCCAAAGCCAAAAAGUGUUACUUUGUGCACCGCUCUCCCCUACAGGUGUUGGUGACUAGUCAUGUGUUCAUUUAUCUUACAGUUAUCUGUGUAAAAAUAAAACAGAAUUUUAGCCUGCACAGUUGAUUUGCAGGUUUACCAGCACCAUAAAGAGACUUAAACUUUAUUAAAAGUAUAAGAUGGGUCUCUGAUUAUAGAUAUCUUCCAACAAAGGGCUUGUAGAUGUCCAGGGUGGGAAACAUUUUAAAAUAAGUUUAUUUAAAGGGAUAGUUUACUUUAAAAUGAAAAUUCUGUCAUCAUU